CAAAUUUACUGUCUCAAAAUUUUUCUUAUGAAUCAGUAGUACUAGCAGAUCUGCCAUAAUGAUAAAUCCUUAAUAUUAUAUUCUAGGUUGCCAAUAAACAAUGUGUAGUUGACGAGUUGUGAAGAUUUUUGUCACAUGAUGUUGAAGACAAGAUGGCCGCUGAUCCGACAGCAGUGUAUAAAUCAGCUGUGCAGAACAUCAUCACUGGCAAACUCCAGGAUAUUCCGGAAAUCCCACGGCAAACUGUAAAAGUAUAUGUCUGUUCGAAUUACUCAGAUUUUAAAGUUGAAAGGACUGCUCUCCUAAAAGACACUUUCCCCACGCUUCAGCACCACUGUCUGAAGUAUGGCAUAGACCUACACUGGGUAGAUGUUCAUCAUGGCUGUCAAAUCGACCACGCCAAAGACACACACAGCUUCCAACGCCAUCUGGCGACAAUGGAAGAAUGUCACAGGAAGUCAUCGGGUCCAUUCUUCAUUUGCCUCUUGGGAUCUAGAUAUGGGGAAUGUCCUCUGCCAAGUUUUCUAGAUGAAGCUGAAUUUACACAUAUCAGAAAUGAAGCAUUUGAAGGUGGCAAAGAUAUCCGUGUGUUAGAUGAAUGGUACAUAAAGGAUGAAUAUUCUGUACCAGCUUUGUACAAAUUGAAGCCUCUCCAAGAUGUCUACAAAAUCAUACAAUUUAGGGAACACCAGCAGAACGUUGACGAGUGGUCCGCUACUUAUGCUUGCCUCUUGGACAUCAUUCAGUAUGGCGCCAAAAUAGCCCAUGACGAAGGAAAUAUCAAUCAGGUCCACCUCCAGAAACAAGAACGUUUCUUCACCUCAGCUUUUGAACAAGAAGUUACACAGGCUUUGAAACUUGGUUGCAAAGAAGGAGUAUUCAUUUUCAGAAAUAUAGAAGGUUUGACGUUGACCAAUGUAAAAGAUGUUCAGAUUUCUUUCACUGAUGUUGGUGUGACCGGAAUUCUCGAUAAGGACAAACAAGAGAGAUUGAGCAAUUUGAAAUGUGAGGUGGAUUCAAAGAUUUCAGGAUCAAAUAAAUUCACAUUCAGUAUACCAUAUGAUACCAAUGGUAUAUCAAAAGACAAUUCUGAACACCUUACAUAUCUUGAAAACAUGACAGCAGCAGUGGCAAUGAGGUUAAGAGAUUUAUUUCUUGAACAUGAAAAACAAAAACUCCAUUUUCCAUCAACGAAGAAAGGUGAACUUUGUCUCGAAACACUGAUACAUUUGCACCAUUGUAAAGACUUAAUGAAGGUCUAUCAUGGAGGUGGAUUGGAAUUUUUAUUAUCCAAGAUACAUUUACUGCUUAUGAAUGGGGCAAAACAUGACCAUCACCUUAUUAUCUUGAAAGGGGAUCCUGGAUCAGGAAAGUCGCACUUCCUUUCCAAGGUGUGUUUUCGUGCCAGAGAGUUAUUUGGAAAAGACAUGAUACUCAUACCACGAUUCAUAGGAAUAACCCCGAAGUCGAAGGAUAAGCAGCAAAUUUUGAGGGACAUUUGUGUUCAGCUAAAUUUUGUUCUACAGCAGAACAUUUGUCUCGAGGAAUAUGACGGCUCUCAUUUAACAAACUACUUUUACGGUCUCGCCAAUCGUAUUUCUAAAGGUCAACGUCAUCUUGUGAUUGUGUUAGAUGGGGUAGAUAAUUUGGAGAUCCCGGUCAAUGGAGAGAAUCAAAAUAUGAUCGACUGGUUUUCAGUUAAACUACCUCCUAAGGUUCAUCUUAUCAUUUCAUACAAACCAGGGAAAAAACAGUUCUUCCAGAAACUCGAAGUCAAAACAAAUAAUGUUCUGGAUAGUAUGGUAAUAUUCCCGGGAUGGACAAAUGAUCGAAUAAGCGACGCAUUGACCUUUACUCUAUCCAAGCAUAAAAGAGUUAUGGCCAAAAAUAAAGAAAAACUCUUCAUCAAACAUCUUCUCAAAGCUUCAGCUUUUGUUAUUCAUAAUGCUCUUGUGCUGUUAAAAGACUGGCAUGUGAAUCACAAUUCUAUAAACAAUCACUUUCCUAUUUCAAAUGAGGAAUUUGUACAUAGACACUUAGAUCAGAUGGAGUUCAAAUUCGGCACGGUAGUUGUAGAGGCAAUCUGUCGUUAUAUCACGUUAUCAAACUUUGGUUUAAGUGAAACAGAACUCUUGGAUAUUUUAUCUUGCAACAACGACGUGACAUUAUCCAUUUUAAGAUUGAGUAAUUCUGAGGUCUUCCGAUUUCCUUGGUUCGUUUGGAUUUACUUCAAAACUGAAAUAGGUUUACUGCUGUCUGAACGUUUCGUACAGAGAAAGGUUGUAUUGUGCUGGUCUCACGACUUUAUAGAAGAUAUCAUUCGAAGGAGGUAUAUGGCAAAUGUGGAUAUCAUCUGUAACAUCCACUCGGAUCUGACGGAGCUAUUUUUGGAGACUUGGAUAGAAGGGAAGCAGGUGCUUCUACAAGAGAAUACAGUGAUUGAAGAUCUACAAAGAUUUGUGUGUCACCAGCCUCUUCUAUAUAGCGAGACGAAGUAUAAUACUAGGAGGAUAAGCGAACUUUGGAUACACCUACUUCAGUUAGGUGACGCAAGGCGACUGAAAUGCCAUGCCCUGUGUAACUUCGAGUAUUUGCUCUCGAUGAUAGAUUCUUCCUCAAUAAACAUCGUUCUUCAGAACUUCCGAUUAACCUUGUCUAGAUUAGUGGAUGCUGAAAUCUUUCUGAUUUACAACUGCUUGCUGAAAUCAUCGCCUGUCCUUAUGAGACAGCCGACACAGUUAGCCAACGAGCUGAUUGGAUAUUUGAGAGAUAUCAAAGACUACUACCCAUCGUUUACGGAAUCUCUCGUGACCCAGAGCAUGCAAUGGUGUGACACUUACAAUGAACCCUUGUUCAUUCCCAUGACGUCAUGGCUUCCUAACCCUCAUCUGCCCUUGGUGGCUUCAAUGGAUGGUCUAGAUGGAGCAAACCUCAUCGCACCACUACAAAAUAACCAACACAUUUUAUGUUUGUUCGGUCUUCUAGACAUUGCCAUGUAUCACGUGCCUUCCAAAAAGCUGUUGAAAUUGUUCUCUGGACAUAGGAGUACUAUUCGGUGCUUGAUAUUGUCAACUACUGAGCAGUUUUGUAUCAGUGGUUCAGAAGAUGGUACAGUGCGAUUUUGGAAAUUUACCGAAGGACUAUGUACAAGCGUCAUAAGAGAACAUUUAGGUGCUGUUCUUUGCUUGGCUAUAACUCCAAACGAUGACAUCAUACUUAGUGGAUCGGAUGAUACGACCAUUGUGUUGUCAUCAGUGUUGACAGGGAAACGAACGGAUGUUCUCAAAGGCCACACAAAAGCAGUAGUCGCCUUAAAGCUCAACAGCAAUGUUGACCUGUUAGCCUCAGCUUCUCGGGACACAAAGAUUAUUGUGUGGUGCAUGAAAGAAAAGAUUCCAUUGCUGACGGUAGAUGACAUCCACUCUCCAAUAUCAUGUAUAGACCUGACAUCUGAUAAUACAUUUCUUUUAGCAGGGUGUGAAGACAGUGGGCUAAAUGUAGUGUCAUUUACAACCGGUUCUUGGAUCCACCAACUGAAAGGUCACAAAGGAUGGGUAAGAUCCUUGGUUCUGGCUGAUAAUUGCCACCAUGUGUUUGCUGGAUGCCAAGACAACAUGGUUUAUCUCUACAACUUCAGGACUACAGAGCUCAUAAAUGUCUUCCAGGGACACAGUUCCGCUGUCACUGAUGUUAGAAUUUCUAAAGACCAGUCUAUGGUUUUUUCAUCAUCAGAGGGUAAAAUCAAUUUAUGGAGCUUUCUACCCAAAACGACAAAUAAUGUGAAAAGCGAUAGACACACAUGUAUUGUGACGUGUAUAGCCAUCACAAGUGACGGUAAAAUCGCUAUGUCAGGGGCCACUGAUGGGGAGAUCAAACUUUGGAAUCUUGAAUUCAGCAACUAUGCAGAAAGUUUUCUGGGACAUUAUGGUGCCAUUACUUGUAUAGAACCUUCUGUAAACUCUGCCUUUACUGUGACGGCUGCUGAAGACAAGACAAUCAAAGUCUGGAGCAUGACUCUGGCGUCGGUUAUCACAAACUAUGAGAAACAUGAGAACUUCGUCAGACAGAUGAAGAUCCUGGAGGAUGAUGUUCGAGUAUUAUCAUACGACAUAUUGGGUCACUUCCAUCUGUGGCGAGCGGACGAUGGAACAACGUUAAUAUCUAUUGACAGACAGGCGUUUACAUUUAUACUAUCCACAGACUGUCAGUUACUCGUCACUGCAAGGGGAGAUAACUGUGCACGAGUUUGGAAAACAGAUUCCGGGACGUUGGUAACUGGAAUCAGCCACACUGAAAAGAUCACGUGCCUCUGUUGCGACACAAAAGACCGGUUUUUAGUGUCAGGGUCUGAGGAUAAGUCCUGCAAGGUCUGGGACCUGACGACCGGAAAACUCACCCAGGUUUUGGUGGAACAUAGCAGCAGUGUUGUUAAGGUAGUCAUUAACAAUGAUGGAGGCAAUGUUGUUUCGGGAGCAAGCGAUGGAAGUCUCAUGGUGUGGGAUGUGUCUAGCGGGGAGUGCCUCCAUAAAUUUAACACUCACACCAUGUGCAUCACUACACUUGAUUUUCUUUCCAACGAACAGUUUGUGAUAUCAUCAUCAAAAGAUGGCACCAUUAGGUUAUGGGACGUAGUUUUGGGUCUUCACGUGACAAUGAUUGACAUGCAUUACCCUGUGCUGAACUGUCUGAUGUCGGAGGACUGUUGCAAAAUUGUUGUUCAAUUGGAGAACAGUAAACACGUUCCUCUUCUGUGUCUUCAUAAUUGCCCUGAACCAGCGAAUCUGUCAACUUCUCGACUUCACUAUACCAACAUAAAUGAAGACAUAAGUCCCAUACUACCAAUAGUUCCGAAGAUUUCGUCAUGCGAUCGGUAUUCCAUCGUAUAUCCCGUUCCAAAGAAACUGGAUUCACGUGAUUCAACAGCCUCACCUUUACCGCAAAUAGUUAAGUUGUCACCAAUCAGAGCACCCAGGAAGGCUGCAACUCAGAAGAUAAAACGACCUAACCUAAGAUUCAACAUGACAAAAGGAAAAGGACAUGGAAAUGCUGAAUCUCAAUCUUCAGUGUUUUGUGGUAUCAUCUAAUUAUAAAGCAGACGUGAUGCAACCAGAAGAGCACUAUUGAAUUCAUAC